AUGUACAUGGACUUGGGCUUGACGAAAGGAGACCUCUUGUCACUUCUUCACCAGACCCUAGACGCCAACGACAUGGGAAAUGAGCCUCAUGUCCACAUGCGUCUGGUCGUGAGCAGAGGACUAAAGUCAACGCCCUACCAGAACCCGCACGUCAAUAUCGGCCUGCCGCUCAUCGUCAUAAUCCCCGAGAUCAAGGCCGUCGAUCCGACAGCCAAGUCGCGCGGCCUGCGGCUGGGAACGACCUGGGUCCGGCGCGGCCCGCCCGACGUCAAGGACGAGCAGUGGAACCACAUCUCCAAGGCGACGGACGUGCAGGCGUGCGUGCACGCCAACUUUAUGGGCGUCGACGAGGCGCUCAUGCUGGACCUCAACGGCUUCGUCAAGACGUGUAACUCGGUCAACUUCUUCAUCGUCCGCGGCGACGAGGUGUGGGCGCCGACAAAGGACAACCAGAUGAUGGGCAUCACGCGGCAAAAGACUAUUGACGUCUGUCGGGCGGCUGGCAUCACGGUGCGGGAGCUUGAUUUUGCGCUGACGGAGGUGUACGGGGCCGACGAGGCUUUCUGUACAGGCACGUUCCCGUCGCAGAUUCAUGUUACGGAGGUUGAUGGGCGGGUGAUUGGGGACGGGAAGAGGGGGGCUUUGACGGAGGUGAUUCAGAAGCUUUAUGCGGCUGAAGUUGAGCGGGAUGUUGCUAGGUCGAGGGAGCAGAUUCAGGCUGAACUUGAACAGGCUCGGAAUCUGAGUGUCCUUGAUAGACUAAAGUCGAAGCUUUGA